CUCAUUUAUUUUCUUUAUCUCCAUCUUUUUUUUUGCUUCAAUUUCAUCAUGGAAUCACACAUCUCUCUCCAAAUCGCAGAGAUCACCGAUACAAUCAACAUCAAGGAUGAUGAUGAUAAUCAAUUCCAGAAUUGGAAGUCUCUGAUUCUUCCAUUGACGAAGAAGAAAUUCAAGGUAUUUGGUUCUCAAUAUGGAUGGCGUUGCUAUCGGCGGUGGUGGUGGGAUUGCGGGUGAAAAUGGCGGUGUUAUCUGCACAAGUGAUAAGUAGAUCCAACUGUAGAGACGAUGAGAUUUGGUUUUUGAAACGGAUUUUCAGAUCUGAUCGAAACGGUGGCGAUCAACUUGGCUAGGGGGUGAAGUGAAAUUUCUUAUAUUUUGAGGGGGGGAAUUGCAAUUGGGACAAUUGGAUGGGGGCGCAGUCCAAUAAAAUGCAUAUUUCUUUCUUAUGUCCCUCCCUGUCAUCUAUCCAGUCACCAGGUACGCUCUCUGCCAUGUCAUCCUUCAACCCCACGUGUUACUAUGCCACAUCACCAUCUCUCAACCGUUUUAAAGCUUGUCUUCUAGUUAGAAGAGCAGAGCAAAUUUCUUGAGCUGUGUUUCUCACAAAUCCUACUAAAAACCCUCUGAUCAAAAACCAGUCUUUCUGACAUUGCCACUCAAACCCUUUCUCCCUUUUCCUUAGUUACUCAAAAAAAAAAAUCAAUCUUUCUAAGAAAUUCUUGCUGGAAACGAGGUUUCAACAAGGAAUUUGACAAGAUUUCGAGAGUUCAAGGUGGAGUUUGUCAAGAUUUCUACUGCAAGUGGUGAUUAAUCUUCUGCUUCUGUCUCUUCCACCGUUCCUCAAACCAGAAAUAUCAAAAAAUCGGAUUUUAACUCAAUAUGGAUACACAUCAACUGUGCUUAGUUUGCAAAUACUGGAGGAUAUAUCCCUGGACGCAGCCACAACCAGGAUUUUCACAUGAACAACAUCAUCGUAUGUUUAGAGCAGACGAUAUUGGUGCUACCGUUAGGUACUAUAGUACUAUCCCUUUUUAUGUACCGCCCAAUACUGAUAUGAACUACCGGAGAAGAGUAAGGGAUAGCACAAGGCGUUUUGAAGAUGUUAUUAGAAGUCAUGAUGAUGUCUAUGGGAUAACUGGAAUUAUAAUACUUCUUGAGUCGCUCUAUUAUGUAAAUUCUGCUCGUCAAGAGGGUCUCAUGAUAGGUGCACUUUAUUACGGAUUACCAGCAGCAGAACACAUUAGACUAGAUUAUCCAGUGCGACCUCGACAGCAAACUCCAAGCUUUAGUAACUCAUUGGUCUCGUCGACUAGUGCACAGCAAUCACAGCAAACUCCAAGCUUUAGUAACUCAUUGGUCUCAACUAGUGCACAGCAAUCACAGCAUCAACGAUGUACAGCGUGCAUCUAUCUUGCGAGAAAUUGCUCAGUGAGUUGUUGGUUUGCUCAAUUCUUUCAGCCAAAUUUUUCGGGAGAUUUCGAAGCUGUGUGCCGUUCACAAUUUGAACGAAGAAACCUUGCUUAUAAUACUAGAACUAGUCGUCAGGAACUAACAAGUGCCGAGAUCACCCAGAUACAGGCGACCACGAGACUUUUUGAACAUAGAAUUCGAACCGUCUCAUUUCCAGAUUAUGGGGCGACUGGAAUUGUGAUAUCACUGGUUAUUCUUUUGCGUGCUGUUAAUACUUGUGUUGAUUUUCUGGAAGACAUCUCCGAUGAUCGUGUACAACAACUGGUAGAACAAUAUCAUUCUCCACAAGUACCACGAUAUCCAGCACCAAGCAAUGUGAAUACGGGAAGUCAGCAACAACAAUACCAACAGUUUUACCGUGGGGCCAAGAGAUUGCUGGAACAAGGCGGACCACAAAUACAUCAACAACGACCUCAACAACGACCACGACUGCAAGGACCAUCAAAUCAACCAGCUGGACCAUGUCCUCGACCAUAUCAGCGAGCUGGACCAUGGCCUCAACUACAGCAACCAGAAAUACCAUUGCUGGAACCAGCUCUACCACAGCCUCGACUACAGCAACCAGUACGAUUUCCACAUCACCCAACACCAUUUCAGCAACCAUAUUCACCAGCAGCAUUUCAGCAACCACCGUACCAAGUACAAAUGCAGGGAUUUCAAACACGACCACUGCCUCAAUCACAGGAAUCAGCAGUGCCAUCUCAAUUUCAGCAUCUUUUUGCUGGUACCAAUAGCUCCUCAUCGGCAAUAUCAUCUCAAUCUCAGUUUCAGUCUCAGCAACAGCAUUAUUUCAGUACCGGCAAUUCCUCAUCAGCUGCAGUGGUUGGACAACCACAUUCUUCAGCAUCAUCAAUUCUUAACAGUUCUUCGACUGCUGCAACUGAAUUUCUUCCUGCUCCAAGUGUUUUAGAUGAUAAUAAUUGGAGGGAGUCAUCUGCUGUGGUUGGAGAACCACAUUAUCCAGCAUCGUCGAAUCCUAACAGUUCUUGGACUGCUGCAAAUGAAUCUCUGCCUGCUCCAAGUCUACCAGAUGAUGUUGAUUGGUGGAACUUCGAGUUGGACCAACUGCUCAAGGGCCCUAGUGAUUAGAGGGAGUCAUCUGCUGUGGUUGGAGAACCACAUUAUCCAGCAUCAUCGAAUCUUAACAGUUCUGCGACUGGUGCAAUGAUUCUCUGCCUGCUCCCAGUGUUCUAGAUGAUGUUGAUUGGAGGGAGCUUGGAUAAACUGUUCACUCAAGGGCCCUUGUGAUUCUUAGGAAAAAUCAAAAGAUUUUAAGUAAUAUGUCAAUGUAUAGUCUGAUCUUCCUUUUGUUCCGUACAUUGUAACUUGGAAAUAUUCAGGUGUUGUCAUUUCAGAAAAUGCUGUGAAAACAACUAGUAGAAAAACUCCAGUGUUUAUUUUGUAAGUUAUCAAAUUCUGGUCCUCUUUCUGCAA